UGCAUGCGGGCAGGUGAGCCCUCCCGUCCCGUCGCCGCGGCUCUCAUAACUUGACAGCAGGAGAGGGGAGAGCGCGCGAUUAACGUGUCAGGAGGACCCCCUGUAACUGGACACUGACAGGGACUUCCUAAAGGGGCUGCGGCGUGCAUUCUGGAUUAAACCGGAGUGUGGGAUUGUGACAACCUGGAAAAACCGGGAGCUUUCACAGAAGAGCACACUGGAGCGUUGUGACUUCCCGACCACCUGCUGAUCUCCCGGUCUCUUCAUGAGGCUUUCGGGAUCAAUAAGUAGCGGACACGAGGAGCUCCACUGAGCGAUGUGCCUGGCACUGUGAGGAAUGAACGCGCCGUCCGGACACGGCCAGUCCAAACCAACGAGGAUGGGCAAAGAAAUCACAAUGAAUCCCGUUCAGGAGUGGGGUGAGGAGGUAGAGGAUGACGCCGUCUACAGCAUCACCCUUAGACGAAUACCCGUCAAGCCCUCCCAGACCGCCGACUCGUCCUGUGACUGUGGCUUUGUCCAGUACAGGACCACUAAGGAAAGGACCUUAAAGGCUGGCACGCUGGACAAAUUGGUGGCCCACCUUCUAGAGCCCAGCGCGGACCCCACAUUUACUCGCGUUUUCCUCUCGAUGUAUCAGGCCUUCACGGACACCAAGACCGUUCUGGAACUGCUGCUGGACAGGGACUCCAGGGUUGGCGUGAACGGAGAAGAAAACGGCCUUUGGACAGACUCUGGAGAAUCGGACAGGACUCUGAAGCGCCUGCUCAAGCUGUGGCUGGAUGAGUACAGGGAAGACUUCCACGACCCCCCCAGUCACGCCUGCCUGCAGGCCCUUUGUGCCUACCUGCGCCAGGACCCCCGGUACAGAGAGGUGACCCUGCAGGCCGAGGCAGUGCUGCAGCGAUUCCGUCAGGACGAUUGUUGCCGGACAGAGGCCAUCUCCUUCAAGGUGGGUGCAGAUGAGGUGGACGUGUGCAACUCCUCGGAGCGGCCGGACAUCCUGUCUCUCCCUUCUCGGGACAUCGCGGAGCAGUUCACCAUCAUGGAUGCUGACCUCUUUGCCAAAGUGCAUCCUUUCCAGUGCCUGGGCUGCGUGUGGUCCCAGCGGGACAAGAAAGAGAAGAAACAUCGGGCGCCCACCAUCAAGGCAACCAUUCAGCAGUUCAACCGCGUCACCAACUGUGUCAUCGGCACGCUGCUGAGCGAUCCCGGGAACCUGCGCCCCCUCUGCCGGGCCAGAAUAGUCGAGAAGUGGAUCCAAGUGGCACAGGAAUGCAUGCUGCUGAGAAACUUCACCUCGCUGAGGGCCAUCCUGUCCGCUCUUCAGUCGAACCCCGUCUAUCGGCUCAAGAGGACCUGGGCGGCAGUCAGCAGAGACAGCCUGGUGACGUUGGACCAGCUCUCCAAGUUUUUUGACGACGAGAACUGCCCACUGACCAGCAAGGAUGCCCUGCUCAAGGACCCCGACUCCCAGAGCGAGUGCGACGCCAACUCCAAAUGUCCCAAGCGCAGCUCCUUGUGCCAGCAGGCGGACCCCUGCGCAGGGACUGUCCCCUACCUGGGCACCUACCUGACGAUACUGACCAUGCUGGACACGGCUCUGCCCGACACACUGGAGGGAGGACUAAUCAAUUUUGAGAAGCGGAGACGGGAGUUUGAGAUCUUGUCAUGGAUCAAACAACUGCAGGUGGCCUGCUGCCGGUAUGAGCUGAGCCUCCAUCCUGAAAUCGCCGUCUGGCUGCAGAGCUACAGGAUGCUGUCAGAACAGGAAAGCCAUGAGUUGUCUCGGGAGGUGGAGCCUCCGCUAGACCCCUGCCCAGGAUCCCCCCGGCUCUGGAGCCACAGGAAGCUGGUGAAGAAGCUUAGUGGGCUCAUUAUGGGAUCAGAGGGCUCCGCCUCCAGGGUGGUCCUUGACCAGGUCAGCAUCUCCUUGUCGGGUUCCAGCGGGUCUGAAGUCGAGGACGUGUCUGCACCCCAGUCACCUGUCAGAAAAAACGAGAAGCUUCUGGACUCCCCCUGCCAGGAGGGCUCUGAUGAUGUCUUUGUUGGCCCGGAGUCACCGGGACCCUCGCCCAGCCUCUCGCCAGUGAGUGCUAAGCUGGAAGACAAGCAGCGUUCCUCAUCCAGCAGCUCCCUUCCCGUCUACAACCAGCAAAUCGAUGACUCCUGCAUCGUCCGCAUCAGCAUGGGCUGGGACAACGGCAACCUCUACAAGAGCAUUCUGUUGACAAGCCAGGACAAAACCGCACAAGUGAUCCAGAGGGCCCUGGAGAAGCACAACGUCGAGAGCACGCGCCUUGAGGACUUCCAGUUGUGCCAGGUUAUUGGUGAAGGCAGAGAGCUGGUGAUCCCUGACAAGGCCAAUGUGUUCUACGCCAUGUGCACGUCUGCCAACUACGACUUCAUCCUUCGCUGCAAGGGGCGGGACAGCAGAGCCCCGCCCUCUCCCUCCACUGGGCGGAGUUACCAGAGCUGGCUUGUCCCUUGGCUCACUGCCUCAAAAGAGUGAGGAGGAGGAGGAGGAGGAGGAGGCAUGGGAUGAUCCUCCUGUGAGCGUCUGCCGCUUCAUUUCUACAUGAGGAGAGUGAGGAGGAGACACAGAGGAACCUGCCAUGAUGGACCGAAGGCCUCUGAAGAUCUACUGGAGAAGCUGGGCUUAGAUGAAGCCCCUCUGGAGUGCUCUGCUGUUGGACAAUGGAACCCCCUGGCCCACCACCACAGUGAACGUGUGGUGAAGUUUUCAGAUCAGCUGGAAUUGCCACUGAAGGGGCAAACACGUCUCCAAAAUCACACGGGCGCUGCAGAUGGCAUAGGAAGAGGGCUGCUCACCUCCAUCUCUGUCCACACACUGCAGAUGGCAAUAAAUGAGACAGCUGGGGCUGUCAAGGUCAAAGUAGAGUGGUGGGAAUCGUGUCCACGUAAAAGGUGUCCCACACUGUGGCAGGAUGCGCCAGUCAUGGAUAGGGCAGUAGGUGAUGGCCACUGUUUGGACUGCCUGGCCUCGUCUUCGUUUUGUUUUUUGUCACUCCACGUCCGUUACCCUCAAUGAGGUCCUGAGUCUGUGGGGACGAUUUAGGACGUCAUGGGUGCUGCCAUCGGCGUGGGCACUGCCAAGAGCAGCUCUAUUGAACCCUUGCUGUUGGGUUUACAAUUCUUCUUUUUGUAUAUAGUGCCUUUCACAGAUAUUACUCCAAAGCCCCCUGAAUGAAAGCUAAAUGACAAUUAUACAGUGCUGGCAGGUGUGAGGGUCUGGGCUCCAACAUCGAACAGAUGGACUUGGGCAGCAGGAUGGCACUGAUCACACCCUGCUCUUCAGGACCCUGGGGUCUUGGUGCUCAUGCAUUGAUUCUUUGUUCUUGAUUAGGGUGGGCUUAUUCAACCCAGUUCAGCCUGUUUUUGUAUAGCGCUCUUCACUGAGGCUCGUGGGCAUAUCGGGUCAGCAAUUGGGCACAGCAGAUGGCUCCAGAUGUUCUGCCAGUGGGAAACCUGGAAUUAAUCCUGUCAGAAGUAAAUUAAAAAAUGCGAUGUG